AUGAUUACAGGAGCUUUGGUGAGGCCGGUGGUUUCCUUCUCUCCAAACUGGGCCACAAUAGCUAAGAAUGACUCUAUAACUCUCACAUGUACCGUGGGUCCUACUGCUCCGCUGAGCCAGAGAUAUUCCUGGUACAGGGACAAUAGGAGGAUAAAUGGAGAGGAACGGAGCUUUAUAAUUGGGAAAGCAGAAGAGAAGGACAGUGGGAAUUACCAGUGCCAGGCCGGUACCAGUGAGAGAAGUGACCCAGUCAGACUGAGCGUUACUAAUGAUCGUGUGAUUCUGCAGGCGCCCCCAAGUGUUUAUGAAGGGGACCCCCUGACUCUGAGAUGUUACAGUCCUUAUACUAAAGCAGUACAUGUAACGUUCUAUAAAGAUAAUGUAACCAUAUCCUCCUCCCCUACCGACUCACUCACAUUGGGUGCAAGUGUGGGAAUGGCCGGUACCUACAGAUGUAAAGCAUUCAAGCUAACAGAAUUUAAUUAUUCCUCUCCUUAUACAUCUGCUGAUACAGCCAUAACCAUCCAAGAGCUGUUUCCCAGGCCAGAGAUCAGAGCGGAUAAAGAUGGGGUACAGGAGGGAGAUGUACUGACCCUAUCCUGCCAUACGGCCCUUAAUCCAGCCAGAGGCGCUACACAGCUACAGUUUGCUUUCUACAGAAAUGGGCACAAUGUGCAGGGAUUCAGUUCUUCCAGUAAUUACACCAUCCAAUCAGCUCGGCCUCAGGACUCUGGGAAUUAUACCUGUGAUACAGCAGCUCCAUCAGUCAGUGUGACGAAGGGGAGCCCAGGCUUAUCCAUCCACAUACACGGUGAUUAUGAUGUGCCAGGAGGAACCCUGAGAGACAGACGUUACACCAUAGAGAAUACCAUAAGGCUUGCCCUGGCUGUGUGUAUACUCCUCUCUGGCUCAUUGCUCUCUUACUGCCAUAUCAACAGGGAACUCAACUAAUCCUUAAGGGAAAUUUCAUUACAUUGCUUUUUUCAUUAUAUAAAAUUACAUAUUUUAGGCA